UUGCUUUGUCGGUUGGUGCCACACGCUGCCAACAUCUUGCUGCUGUGAUACGUAAAUCCUUUGUUAUCGUGUCCCUGGUUAUAAUUUAAUUUUUAUUUUUUCUUUAUCAAACUACAUUUGUUUGCUAUCAAAGUUACGAGACAAAUAAAGCGUACUUAUCAACUUGUGUUCGACGAGUCACGACACCCUGGAGAUCAAUUUUGAAUAUAAAUUUAAAUAAUGGUAUCUUCAAUUAUCAAUGAUGAUGUUGAUGAAACAAUCAACAUAAAUGCAUCAAAAAUGGAGAAACUUGCACCAGGUAAUUAUGAAAUUGUUGCCUGGGACAUGGACACAAGUGGUAAAAGAUUGUAUGAUGAAAUUUGUCAUAUUGCUGGAUAUACACCAAGUACAACAUUUCAACAAUACAUUUUGCCUUUUAAUUAUAUGAAUUAUCCAGCUACCAAACGACACAAUCUCAAAGUCAUCACAAAAGGAUAUUAUCGUAUGUUAAAAAAUGUAAAAACUCAUCAGAUAUUAAAAACAAAGAGUACAAUAUUAGCAUUAAAAGAUUUCCUCACAUGGUUGGUAAAAGUCAAGGGUGAAUCAGAUGGAAUAAUUCUUAUUCAUCAUGAAGCAAGAAAAAUUAAUCCUGCAAUUUUGAUGAAUACAUUGACAAAAUACAAUCUUCUUGAUGAAUUUUGUCACAUUGUCAAGGGUUUUGCUAAUGGAUUUGAUAUUACCAAAGCUAAAUGUGACAAUACCAUUCGUUAUUAUUCAGUUCGUAUAUUGUCACGUGUUCUUCUCAAUGAGAAAAAAGAUACAAGCAGUGCUGAUGUACGUGCAAGUAUGUCGUAUCGUAUUCUUCAUCAUUUAUCAAAUGGAGAAGUAAUUUGUCAAUCAGAAAUUAUUGGUAAUGAUGUUGGUAAAACAAAAAAGAGAAUAUUUAAAUUUAUCAGUGAAUUUAUUCAACCAAUUGAUAAUGAAAAAAAUUCAUUUGAAAGUCUCAAAGUAAUUUUGGAUCGUCAAUUUAGUUUGAAGCCAAUUUUCAUCAAUGAAAAUACAACACGACGUGAACGUCGAAAUAUAACACCACUUCGUCGUUUACUUGCAGAGUCAAAAAUUGAUUAUCAAUUAUUACAGAAAGCAUGGAAUGACAAUGGACAAGUAAAAGGAGUUCGAGAAUUGAUUGAAAAAAAUUUACUUGGACAUGAUGAAGAAAAAAUAAAUAAUAUAUCGAAAAUUAUUGAGAUAUAUUUUACGAGUGAAAAAUUAAAAGGUGCAAUUGAGACAUUAACAAGUGAGAUUACAAAGAAAGAUAAAAAAAAUGAUGAAGCAUUGGAAAAAAUACUUAAGAAAAUGUCAGGUUUGGCAAUUGUUGAUUCGCCAAAAGAAAGUGGAAACAAGAUGUCAAUUGAUACUGGUAAACAAGAAAUUAUUUAAAUAAGAAAAAAUUAAUAUUCAUCAUCAAGAUGACAUUUCUUUUUUUCAAUUAAGUAAUAAUUCUUCUUCUUUAAAAUUUGAUCAGCUAACAGUGAAAAAAAAUUUAUUAAUUCUAUAUUAUUUUUCUAAUUUAAAAAAAUAGAAAAUGUUUUUUGCCUUACGUUAUUAUUUUUGUUUGUUAAAUUUAUUUUGAUUUAUCCAAAAUUAAAAUCAGUUAGCUUGAGUGAUAAAUCAAUAAGUAAAAAAAUAAAUAUGCUGGCAUAAAAAAUAUUGUUGUUAAACUAAAAAUUAAAUAAAAAUAUCAGUUAAAUUCUAA